AUAGGUAAAAGUUUCAAACUCAAGUCCCAAUAUCUUUUACUGCCCUUCACAGACGCUCCUCCAUCUCUACAAUCAAUCUGCUUCGACACUCCGCAGGACGCAGCCACCGUGACAAGGCUUGCUAGCAGGACACUCUUCUUAGGAUCUCGCCAGAUAAGAGCCACCAUUCACAGCAUAUGAGAAUGCAAAAAAGAGGAUUCUUAGAAAUUCUAUCCCAAGUGGCACAAGCUCAGAUGGAGGCAUGGGACAUUUAAACAAUACGACAUGGACAAGGGACAUGAAAACAAUAAGACAUGGACAUGUCAACACAUCAAAUCCUGUAAAAGAAUGGGUAAUCAAAAGAAGAAUUUCAUAAAGCUUGUCUCUGCUGCUGGGACUGGAUACUUCUAUGUGAAGAGGAGGAAUCCGGCUAGGAUCACGACAAAGCUCGAGUUCCGGAAAUAUGAUCCUCGGGUGAAUUGCCACGUUCUGUUUACUGAGGCAAAGAUGAAGUGAGUGGGAAGGCUUCUGUAAUGGUAGAUCGUUGCCCUUGUCUACUGUUAUUGUUCACUGUUUUGGAAUUUUGAUCAAUAUGGUAUUUCUAUUUCCUCUAGACUGGUUUUGGCUAGUUGAUGUAGAACUUGGAUGCUGUUUGUUUUUAGUGUUAUGAUUAUAAUCUUUUCGAUGUAAGUGCCAAACUUCAUCUCUUGACAGUCUUGUUACUCUUUUGCAUAAUGUUUCCUGAGACAUGGUUCACAUGUUGAAAUGGGAUCUUCAUGGGUUAAAUGCA